CUUCCCUCUCCCCACCCCCAAACCCUCUCACCCGCGGCAGUCCGGUGCGAGGUCCCCUCCAGAAGGUGAGGGGAAUGGAUUGGACUCCGGUAGGGAAAGCGGGUGUCUAGAAGUGGUGCUAAUGGGAAGAGAUUUCUGGUUUCAAAAGAGGAUGCUCUGCCACAAAGAGCGGCUCGCGCGCUGGCCUGGGCUCUAGCCGAGGAGAGAUCCCGGGAGAACUCCGGAGCUCGCGGGGAGCGCUCCUUGGAAGACCGGGGUCAACAUGCCUGUUCGCAGGGGGCACGUGGCACCACAAAACACAUUUUUGGGGACCAUCAUACGGAAAUUUGAAGGGCAAAAUAAGAAAUUUAUCAUUGCAAAUGCCAGAGUGCAGAACUGUGCCAUCAUCUACUGCAACGAUGGGUUCUGUGAGAUGACUGGUUUCUCCAGGCCAGAUGUCAUGCAAAAGCCGUGCACCUGUGACUUUCUCCAUGGGCCCGAGACCAAGAGGCAUGAUGUUGCUCAAAUUGCCCAGGCGUUGCUGGGGUCAGAGGAGAGGAAAGUGGAGGUCACCUACUACCACAAAAAUGGUAAAGUUGAUCUAUUUAGGAUUCCUUGUGUCUUAUUCCAUUGAAAUGAAAUUUUGACAGUUGAUUACUGAAAGUUCAUAGGCAGAGAAACCCCAAAUAGUCAGUUGAAGAUACAUGAUUUGUUUAUAGUGUUGCCGGAAUCAAGGAAUGUGGAGACUCUCCUCAGUGGAUAGUAGGUACAAUUUCAUUUUUGAAUGAGUACUCUGUACUCUUCAAAAGUGCAGUAACUUAAUGGCACUGAAGACAAAAAUGCCAUAAAUCAAUCUCACUGUUCCCUAAGGAAUAAAGGCUAGUAAUUUACUGGUUGUGUUGAUAUGCAUUUGGUUGGAGAGAAAUACAGAGUUUUAUUUCAAGUAAGGACUUACAGGCAAAGUAAAGUCUUACAGAAAAAUGCCUAUCUGAAACUAAAACUGUUAUAGUUACAGGUAUUUCUUGGCUCUUCAGCUUUAUUUGAUAGGCAACACCUUUUGUUUCUUUUGAUGCUUUUUAUGCAAGAUUAAGGAUGACACAUAGGAACUUAUAAAACUGGUCUAGUAAACCUAUGUAUAUUCAAAUAACAGUCUAUUCAUGUAUUCAAGAUUUAUUCCAAAAUAAGAAAUGGAGAAAAGGAACUAUGAUAUGUAGAAUUAUUGGUAUUCAUUUUUAUAGCUGCAGCAAAACUGGCAUCUGAAACUUAAGGUCAUACCUCCACUUCAAGGGCACUUCUCCUUUUAGGAUUGCUUUGGGAGCAUAAGUACAUUAGACCUCUAAUAGUUCUCAAAGAGAUACACAUUUAG